AUGUCGUCGAUUGCACGUCCUCCCGACCCAUGCUUAGUCGCGAUAAUUCUCAUUGUACGAUCACGGACCGGUCCGCGCCUGGUGUUCAACUAUCCGCCGAAUCCACUCAACGAAAACCGCCUGCGGACGACGACCAAGGGUGGUCGCCGGGUGUCUCGCACCCGUAGCCGACAAGGAUCCAGGAAUACCGACUCGAGCUCAAGCUCAGACACGGGACUGAGUUCAGAUGAAGAUGAGGACGAGAGAGAGCCCCAUCAUCUGGCUGGCAGCGUCAACGUGGGCACAAAUUUGGCUUCGAACCUAAGCGUGAACCUGUCGGCCGGACUCGGACGGCGCGCGAGCAACUUCGGCAUCGAUCCCCUCGCACUGGCACCAGAUGGCGCAUCGCCCGGGGUUGCAGAAUCUCAGAGAGCUGGAUCUAUCGGAUCUGCCAGACCUUCUUCGUUGCGGAGAAGAGCGGGUGCAAGUUCAGAUCACGAGGACGAUGCAGGAUCCGACUGGCACGAAGACGAGUCGUCCGGAGGGUCGACACGGGCCCCCUGGGAGUCGCUGCUUGGCCUUCCGGGGAGCGUUUGGGAGAAGCUUUUGAGUCCAUCUCGCUCGUGGCAUAAGAAACGGUUUGAGGUUGGGAUAAACGAUCUUGCGCUGAUCGGCUGGCCGGUGUUCGUGCGUGAGGAUGGAACUUGGCGCAAGCAACGCCGGAAGAAGAAGAAGAAAAAGUCCGCACCAGAGUGGGACGGUGGUGAAUUGGGACACAAUGAAAAUUCUGAAGAUGGCCAGGGCGAGGAUGAUCUGACAGCUACUCCUGACAUGGGCGGCAGUGUUGCUACCAUCACGGAGCUGUCAUUAACGGCCUCACCUACCGAUUACAAGCGAACCUCGACCGCAAGCAGCAGGCUAGGCAAGCACGCAGAAGAUGGCAUUGACACCGAGGACAACGAUCAGAUGACCAUGUUCAACGUCGUCUUCGUCAUGGAUCCUCCCUUACUGGAAUACUCGACCCGAAUAAAGGACAUUUACGAGAACGUCAUCAAAAAAUUUGCCAAAGCUUUGAAAUGGGAGCAAGCUCGAAACGAUUACGUCUGGAGGGAAUCCCAACAUAUACUGCAAGUUCGGAGGAGAGCUCGUGAGAACCGUAUGGUCGCCGCUUUUCCUAUCUGGAUGGGGAUUCUGGCUAACUGCUUCCACGUAGGAACAUCCGUCCACAACCUCUACUCCGAAUUGAUCAAUCAGUCAACGCUAGCAAGAGCCAUCUACACCGUCUACAGCAGUAUAUCCGCGUCAAAAAUCGCGUCUGUCUCGUUCAGUCCCGAUGUCUCCAUCUCCCUUCAGAUACCCCCAUUGACGUCCACGCCUUAUCUAGCUGGCCCAACCGACAGAGCCUAUCCCGGUCUGUGGCUGACUACGGCGGACAGCGCAACUCCCAUCGAUGAUCCGCACAGUGAGGACAAAAACAGCAACAAUAACCAGAACAAUGCGCAUCAAGUCCUUGCAAAACAUUUUGCCCUGCUUCUCCUGGAUAGCGAAGCUGCAGUCAUCAAAGACGUCGAGGCUUCUGGAGGCGCGCUGGCGCCAGCCCUCGCUCACUACAUUCGAUUCUCAAAACCCACAAAGUCCUUUGCACAAAUCUCAGCCUCGUCGGGCAUCCCGCUAUCCACCAUACAAAUGUUGGCGAGUCAUCUGGUGUACUGGCGUCGUGCACGGGCUAUUCCUCCAAUCCAUCAACGAGACACCUACAUCGUAUCACCCAAUUGCGAUCUCAGUAAGCUUGAAAUAGCCACCAUUGCUUAUCAGGCCACAUUUCCGACGCUACCCAGUCUGCCUAAGAUGCUUUCUGCCUUGAGCGGUACCCCCCGGCCUUACGGCAGCUUCAUCCCCAGCAAAGACCACAAGGAAACAUACUUUUCUAUCCUGGCGUGGCUGCUCCGCGGCGGCUGGGUCACACAGCUGCGAAGCUUUGCCCGUGUCAAAGUAUCACCCGAAAUCAAACUGGGGGUAGAAACCGCCCUUCGUAAGGAGGAGGUCGAUCGAUACCUUGCAAAAAGCAAUGGCAAAUCGACCAGCGACGACGAACGCUCACCGUCUCCCAGUGACGCGGAUGCCCAUUCCUCUUCGUCUUCCUCCCUGGCGAGUCACGGUAGUGGCGAGGAAACACCCAUGCCCGGCGGCCGACUCGAUCCUCAUGCUCGCCUCCAGCUCUCUCAUAAAUUGCUGGAUCGGUCCACCGCGAUUCGGCUUUCCUCUCUCAUUCCUGCCCCUCAACGCGCGUCUCCGCUCGAGUCUCGAUGGCUGGAUGAAAUCUUGGCCCGGUUCCCCACGCAACCAAACACACUGAGAGGGAUGGCUGUGUCGGGCCAGGAACUUGCGCCGCAUGAACAGCAUGACGUUUUGAGACAACACUGGCCGAUCCUGGUGAAGUAUUUCAAUGGCUUUGAUGCGCUGGAAAAGAUCCCUGUACGUGAGAACUUGAAGCGCAAGCUGGUUGCUCAGGCUCUGAUGCGCCUCGGGUUUCUCACCGGCCCCGUGAGCUAUGUUGAACCUGACUCCCGGGAACAAGUGCUCGUCGGAGUUCGCCAUUGGUAG